UACAUCGAGAAAGGGAGGAAGCAAGUGCCGUCGUUCGUUGGGGCUUUCGAGAUGUGCGGUGGUUUUUGAUGAACCCACUCACUUUUUUUGUACUCUACUCAAAUUGGUUUAUAAAGUUUGAACGCGGACGGCCGUCUCCCGUCGACCGGGCUAGUUAUGGCCCACAUUAAGGUGAAGGUUCUCUAUGAUUUCGAUGCUCAGGCGCCCGGCGAAAUCAGCAUUCGUGAGGGUGAUACGGUGACGGUUACGAGUCGAGAUGUCGGAGAAGGAUGGUGUGAAGGAAUCAACGCCAAAGGGGAGAAUGGGCUGUUCCCGGAGGCGUACGUGGACUUGGAUUCGUCGCCAGAUGUUUCCCCAUCGACCGAAACGGGUCUCGGCUCGUCUGCGUCGGUUUCGCCGAGCGCGCCUUUGACUCUGGGAAGGCCAUCCGAUGAUGACUGGGGCACUCCGGAGGGACUGCUCGAGAUGGCGUCAAAAGCUCAGCCCACGGCACAGCAAGGGGAGGUCGGAUUAUUUCCUGAGAGUUAUAUCUCAACCCAGCCUCCUCAUGGGGCUCCUUCGGUGGGCAACGGUUCCGACGCUACUUCGGACUGGGAUGACUGGGACGACGACGAUGACACGAUAUCCUCCAAAAAUAAUCAAGGACUCGGAGGUCCCGGAAAUUUCGGGCUCAUCAUUCCACGAGACACCAGCGACGUCGCGAAUAAGGGGGAUGGAGGCGCCGUACGCACUGGAACCGUCAAAAGAUUUAACAGUUCCAAUUCUGUGAACGGAGAUGCCCCGAGAGGGACUAGGAGCCGAUCUAACAGUCUCAGUGCAGCUCCGAAAUCAGUCAUGAGGUUCUCGAAUUUCGUGAAAAGUGGCGGAGAGGCGUUCCUGCUAGGGACUGCCAGAGUUGCGAUCAACAGCGCGGAUUAUGUUACAAUUGUCAAUAAUGGAGGAGUCAUACAGUGGAGUCAGCCUUAUCCGGAAGCAAUGUACAAAGCAGAGAUUUCCAGCCCGAAGAAGGAAAGCAAACUCAAAGGUCUGAAAAGCUUUAUCGCCUACGCCGUGAUCCCUUCAUUCAACGGUCUACCUGUAUAUCGACGUUACAAGCAUUUUGACUGGCUUCACGAACGACUCGUGGAGAAAUACUCUUUGAUACCCAUACCACCUCUACCUGACAAGCAGGUCACCGGACGAUACGAACAUGAGUUCAUUGAACACCGGAUGCAACAACUCCAGCUGUGGGUCAACAGGAUGUGCCGCCAUCCCGUACUUUCACAGUCUGCUGUAUGGCAUCACUUCCUUACGUGUGGAGAUGAGAAACAGUGGAAAGGAGGCAAACGAAACGCGGAAAAGGACGAUCUCCAAGGUGCUAACUUUUUCAAUGCCAUCCAGGCUCCCGAGACACCGCUCGACGUUUCCUCGGUCGAACGACAGACGGAGGCUUUCAUCAGAUUUACGUCGAGAAUGGACGAUUCCGUACAGUCCUUAUUCAGAACCGCUCAGGACCAGAUGAAGAGGUGUCAAGGCCCAUACAAGCGCGAGUGCGUGAAGAUCGCCACCGCCCUGAAAGAAGUAGCCGACGCUUUCGACUUAGAUCAAAACGAGCUCGAUACACAACUCAACGCCUCCAUACGCAACACUGGCGAGACAUAUAAUAAGAUAGGUCAAUUGUAUGAUGAAAACCUCCGGCACAAUUGGGAAAACAUGGCGGACACACUUUACGAGUACCGAGGUAUCCUCAGCUCAUGGCCUGAUAUAAUCAAUAUCCAUCGAACCUUCUUGACGAAACGUCGGGAGUACCAACGGCAGCGAGACGAAGGCAAGGUGUCGGCCGAGGACUACGUUGAUAUCAAUCGAAGGACCGACGUUGUUACCUACGCCACGUUAGCCGAGAUCACCCAUUUUCAGCAGGAACGGGUACGCGAUUACCGCGAGAUGAUGCACACGUUCUUGCAAGGGCAGAUCAAUUUCUACGAACAGGUCGUGGAGGAGCUCCGCACAGCUCAAAGCAGAUAUCGAUAGAAAGGUCGCCAGUUCCAUUCCAAACCUAAAAGACUCGUACAAACCAGCUCGCCUCUCUAGAGCAUCUAGAGCCGAAGAACUCGAUGGACAGAUCCACGAAACUGACGGCAUCAUAGGUUGCGAUGCAUAAUUUACCGGGAAUUUACGUUUUAUUCAGACGACGCAUGUGAAUUUAGAACAUGCCUGCCCAUUUUCAUCACACAGGACAUUUCUAUCUUUCCCAUGAGGAGGAAGUCUCUCUUGAUAGUUGACGAGAAAGCAACAGUCUGUAUUUCACUUUGACGCUGAAAUGAAGAGCAUGUUCGUUAAACG